CAUGUUGAUGGCAGUUUCUCUGUGAAGCCAUUAAAACAGAAGCAGAUCGUUGACCGGGUGAGCUACCUGCUUCAGGAGAUCUACGGCAUUGAGAACAAAAACAACCAGGAGACUAAGCCUUCAGAUGACGAGAACAGUGACAACAGCAACGAGUGUGUGGUUUGCCUGUCGGACCUCCGUGACACCCUCAUUCUGCCCUGCAGACACCUCUGUCUGUGCAAUUCCUGUGCUGACACCCUGCGCUACCAGGCCAACAACUGCCCCAUCUGCAGGCUGCCCUUCCGUGCCCUGCUGCAAAUCCGGGCUGUGAGGAAGAAGCCAGGGGCUCUGUCGCCGGUGUCGUUCAGCCCUGUCUUGGCACAGAGCGUUGACCAUGACGAGCACUCUAGCUCUGACAACAUCCCUCCAGGCUAUGAGCCCAUUUCCUUGCUGGAAGCACUGAAUGGCCUUCGCUCUGUUUCCCCCUCCAUCCCAUCAGCUCCUCUGUACGAUGAAAUCAACUACUCCUCUGGCAUGGUGGAUGGCAUGCCGCCUGCCAGCCGACCGCUUGUUGGGAUGGACAGAGCCGUGGAGAGCAGCCACCAAAAGGGCAAGCGGAGCAAGUCUCCAGAUAGCACACUACGGUCUCCCUCGUCCCCGAUCCAUGAGGAGGAUGAAGAGAAGCUCUCCGAGGACUCUGACUCGCAGCCAGCAGUGAGUGGGGCUGAGCUGGUCCUGAGAGAGACCAGCUCUCCAGAAAGCGUAGCAGGGGAAGAGAUCGAGGAGACCUCAUCUCUGCAGCAGGGUAGCCGCCCACCCUCUGUUGAAGACGUCCUGCAGGACGGCAGCUGCGGUGAGCACAGGAGCCUGACACAGUCGGAGAGCAACCCUCCAGUAGACGUCUACCUGCCAGCACUGGGUCCUGAUUCCUGCUCUGUUGGUAUAGAGGAGUAAGCUGGCUCCUCCGACUUCACCAAGACGCUCCCUGGCCGCGGCACCGGCAGCCCCACGCAACCCCUUCUCUUCGAGGAGACGCGUCUGCACCUGGAGGACGAGCAGAGCCUCUUGUGAGCAGGGACCAGACCUCGCAGCC